AGGGAGGGGAGUGGUGUCACUCGGCUUAAAUGCCACAAGGUGCGCUCCAGGCGCAACCAUGUUUACGGGGCAGGUCUCGCUACCGAGUUAGCGACGCGCGAUCGUGACUCCGUGUAGCGCCGCGACACAUCGCUCACGCAUGGACUGCCACGCGUGACUCCGUCGGCCCUUCGGAACUGCAACGCGGGAGCAUUUUUGACGGACGGACACCGGUCGAGGGUUCGCUGCCCUUUCCCCCGACUGACCACACUCGCCCGCCGCUGGGCUUGUUGUCUCACCUGCGGAGGGGAGAGAGUCGCCCCUUUUUCGCAACUUUCGCGCCCUGCGAGCCGCGGCUGACAAUGAGUGAGCCUCGUCGCGACCUGAACGAGGACCCGGAAACCUUCAGGCUUUCCUUCCGCGGGGGCAUAUACCGGAGCACGGCGGACGGCUCCACCAUGUCGACGACCAACCUGGCCGAGGAUGCAGCGCCACCCGCGGUGCAGCGCCCACCUGCGCUCCCUUCGUUGCCGGCGCAUGGAUCCAAGGAGCUGGACGCAGCCGACACCGAGGACACCGAGUCGGCGGGAGGCGCGGCCCCGCGAGGGGGCGCCUGCCGAACCUUCCUGCGACACAACCGGCUGACCGUGGCCACCAUAGCGGCCGUGGUGGCCGGAAUCGUGCUGGGGGUCGUAUUGAGGCCUCUAGGGCCCUUCUCGAAGCGUCAGCUGAUGUACAUCAACUUCCCCGGCGAGGUGUUCCUGCGCAUGCUGCGCGGCCUCAUCCUGCCCCUCAUCACGUCCAGCAUGGUGGCCGCCGUCGGGGCGCUGGACGCGCGUCUCUCGGGUCGCAUCGGGCUGCGCGCGGUCGUCUACUACUUCUCCACCACGUUCCUGGCCAUCGUGCUGGGCAUCGUGCUCGUCACGGGUCUGCAGCCCGGCGCAGGCGACAGCGACGCGGGCUCCAUCAAGGCGUCCAAGGCGCGCCUCGUCACCACCGCCGACACGCUCAUGGAUCUCAUCAGAAACGCCUUUCCUCCUAACGUGAUAGAAGCCUGUGUCACGCAAUUUUCGACUAUUGUUAUCAAGCCACCGGGUAAUGCAAGCAACACAUCUAUGUACGACUGGGACUACAAGACGGUGCACGACCCCGGCACCAACAUCCUGGGCCUCAUCGUUUUCUGCAUCGCGCUGGGAGCCACCGUGGGCCAGAUGGGCGAGAGUGGAAAGCCCCUUCUGGACAUAUUCACAUCCCUCUCCGACGCCAUGAUGAUCAUCACCAAGGUGGUUGUAUGGUUCUCACCGGUGGGCGUCAUGUUCCUGGUGAUGGCCAAGAUGCUGGAGAUGCAAGACUUCACGGUGGUCGCCGGUCAGGUCGGCCUGUACGCCCUGACCGUGCUGCUGGGCCUGCUCUUGCACGGCUUCGUGGUGCUACCGCUGCUCUACUGGCUUGUCAUGCGGCAGCCGCCGUUCCGCUUCCUUCUCGACAUGCUGCAGGCCAUCGCCACGGCCUUCGGCACCGCUUCCAGUUCUGCUACGCUACCGGUGACAAUAUCGACGCUCGAGGACAAGGUGAAGGUGGACCCGAAGGUGGUCCGCUUCUGCAUUCCCAUCGGGGCCACCAUCAACAUGGACGGCACGGCGCUGUACGAAGCCGUAGCCGCCAUCUUCAUCGCGCAGGUGCGAAAAGUGCCCCUGGACGUCGGGAAGGUCAUCGCCAUCAGUGUCACGGCAACCGCUGCCAGUAUCGGUGCCGCUGGAAUUCCUCAGGCGGGCCUGGUUACCAUGGUGAUGGUCCUGAACGCUGUCGGGCUACCUGCUGACGACAUCACACUCAUCAUCGUCGUCGACUGGUUCCUAGACCGCUUCCGCACAGCCAUCAACGUCCUUGGCGACGCCGUGGGUGCCUGCGUCGUGGAACGCCUCAGUCUGAAGGACCUGGAGAAGCCUCGCAUCCCAGACGGCCGGGGCUCCAAGGACACCGUCAUCACGUCAAUGUAGACGACGGUUGUCCUUGCUGGCCGGGCCCCAAACGGUUCAGAGGGUCGUCCACGGUCCCUCGAGACGCGAGAGGUCAAGCUUGCGCCAUCUUGCUGGAUCGUUUCAAACUCACGGCGCACAGCUCGCGUGACUGUUUCAGUUGCGGGAGCCGGAAAAUACCGUUCAUCGCGAGAUAGCUCAAAACACCUAUAGCUGAAAACUCCACGCGGCUCCAGAUGCUUCGCUGGGACCCACUAGAGUGCCCUGGUGCCCGCUCCUUCGCUUAGAGUGAAGACACCUGCGCGUCGUCUGCUACGGUGGCCGCCAUCAACACUCCCGCUGCAUACCAGUUUCGCUCUGGUGGGAACUGGCCCACUAGCCUAACGCGAAUGGUUGUAGCGCUGAGGAAUGCAACAUCCAGGCAUCACACGCCGAAGAAAGCGGGGGCGCGCGCAUCGAAGCACCCUAGGACUCACGAACACUGCCUUCAUCGUAGCGGGGCGCGCUGUACAGACGGCGAAAGCAUCGCCUCCGAAAUCGGGCAGCGCGCAAGGAUCACGUGUGAUCUCGGAGGCCGUUGCGAAACUGCAGUUUCCUAUGAAGCUCGGCAGAGGAACAGCCUAGUUCAAAGUAUGCGUCAGGCACGUUGAUAAACUACAGUUUCUAGAUGAAAUUGAACUUAAACAGCGGCGGGUUCCGCAUGGCUGCCCUAACGUCUUUCCCAUAUAUAUCUUUCUUAUUCACUUACUGUGUACGCUUCAUUGCGUAAACUCUGACAGAAGUAUUUAGUUUUGCAUAACGUAAUUGAUCUUUUUACUUGUGAUUAGGCUCGGAGCAAGUAUAAAGGCAAAAUUUAUCCACGUUACCGCUGCGACUUAAUGAGACGAUGAAGAUUUAUUGUCUUAUCUACAUCGUUUUACGUCUUUGUAAUAUCUUAACAAUAGCAUUCACACAGGGUUUACCGGCUCUGGUGCUCUAAAAGACUUGAUGUGCGCUAUGUUCAAGGUCUAUCGGAUCGUAACAGGGAAAUGUUAUGACGAACUAAUAACUUCCAGAAAAUAAGACAGAUAGAUAUUUAAAAGCUGCACUGUAUUUCUAUCACACCGCUCAUAUCUUAUUGCGGAGACUAGCUAAUACUGGCGCUGAGCUUCUCUGUCCAUCUUCGUACGAAACCGUUUACUGUCCGAAACAGUCGAGAAUGUCGCAGCGACGCCCGCGGCAAGGCUGCAAAGUUGCUUUACGCUUUCUAGCUAACUUGCUGUGUGUUGUUGCUCGGCUAAUAUUCGCAGUCCCGGAAUAAUUCGCUUUCGAACAGCUAUAAGCCUCUCAAUUGGUCUCGCAUUCUCUGAGUCACAUUUGGUUUAAUAGUCGUGCCUUUGAGACAGGAUAGAUAACUUGAUCGAGAAGCAUCUGUUAUCUCGUCCCAAGCUUAGAAACGCCUCAAGUGGCUUGAAUGUGCGUCUACAUGACAGGCUAUUCCGGUACCUUCGUCACAUGAAAUUGGGACGACAUGAGACGUAAACCAUUCAUGUUUCGAACGUACCACUCGCAGUAAACUGUCUUAUUUAAUUCACCGCGUGUGGUGAAAGCAGUGGAGGGGCUACUGGUGGACGCCUAUGUGAUAGUUUAGCUACCUAGUCUAUCUCGAUGUCACUCAUUUGAUCCUUUGUUUGACGUCAUGCCUUUGGCCAUAGCCGUCGUGCGCUGUGCGUUCGCAGAAAUACCAUUUCAAUCAAAUGCAGGACAUUGGUAAUUUAUUUUAUUCCACAUCGAAACGACAAACGUCUCAAGUUGGUAUUGUUGUUUUCCUUCGGGUGCAUAUAUCAUAUUAUCUCGAUAUUUAGAACGACAGAUGAAUAUUGUUCUCAAGUGUUAAUAUGGUUGAUAGCUGGUUCAUCAAGCAGUAUAGGUUUGGUGACUGGUGAUUAGAUGGUGAUUAGAUACCGUAUAUGUGAAGAAAAGCACUCUGACGACGACCGUCUCCCAUCUAUCCUCGUCAAAGUAUACGAGACGUUAUUUGUACGGUAUGAUUCUGUAAAAUAUGAAGCCUGAUGUAUUUCGAUGUUGAGGCAACAAGUGUAAAAUAAGAGGUCUCCUAUUAGUAGCACCAUUGUAGCGUGGCUCAUAGUAAUGUAUUUCAAAGCUUUAUCAAAUAUACACCAUUAUCAUUUAGGUUGUAUAGUUCAAUGCUGGCGCGUCUAAGUGUAAAGCGGUGGGGGCUUUACUUCAAAGGUUACUCGUUCUGUACAACAUUCCAUGUUAUGGUGUUCGAUAUUGCGCGGAAGCCCACUCGCUACAUUUCCUCAUAUUGCUUAUAAACAGUAGAUAGAUGAAUGUUGAAUGAUUAAGAGUAUAUGCUCCAUUCUGUGCCACGUUGUGACUCAUAGGCACGAGGUUAGCCUUACUCCCAACACCCUGUGCACUAUUCCUAUAGUUCGGCAGCGAGUGUAGUAAGUGCUGAGGGCAUGCCCCUUGUAAUAGCUGCAGCACGUAAGCCCCGUGCCUGGAUUCGUCAAUGUUGAUCCUCACUGUUACUCCAUCGUGAACGCAAGGGAAAGAAAAUGACUGCGAGCACGGGAAUGGGGGAGCGUUCGCUGAUGCGAAUGAUCAGCUCUUUCGGAUGCCCGUUGUACAUAAGGCAACCGCUGGUGACCUUCAUUUCUUUAUCACCACGACCAUCGUUAAAUAAAACGUAACUUAUUUCACGUGCUGACUGACA